UUCAGAGAGAGUACACUUUGUGCUUUGAAGGCGAAAUCUCUGUAUUUUCUCCAUGAUUUUGAGAUGAACAAGAAGCAUGAAUACAAAGCGCAAGCUCUUCUGCAAAAUCGCGGAUGCGAUGGAUGCUGCUGCUAGGGCCAAAAUUUUAGAAAAUGCCGUUGAAUCAUGUAAGGAAAUUCGUUCCUUCAGUCAUCAUGAAGGUUGAAGCCCGAUAAGUUCUUGAUGGUCGAGGAAGUUCGACUGCUGAAGCGGACUUGUAUUAUUCGUCUGCAUCAAUUCUACAGGCAUUUUUUGGCCUACUCUCGAGAAAUUUUUUUGAAAACAAGGAUAUGGUGUUUUGACCGUGUUCGAGCUGAACCGAAAAAGAAGGUGGAAUGCGAAAGACAUGAUGUAGGCGCUGCUGUAACACACAGGAUGUCCGCAGUUCUAGCUCCUCGUGGUGACCCGAUCCUUGCAGAUCCGAGUUCCCUGCCUUAUCGCGAUGCUCGUUCAGCAGCUGGUAGCAGCAGUAGCAGCAGUGACCUGUCGGUUCUUGAUGAUUCCGAUGACCAGUCGUGGCACUCGGUUUUCGACUCCACGGCUUGGGGAUCUCAUGGCGACGGCCUGUUUUCCGGCGAGAUUGAGGGCGUUCCGGACGCUGAGACGGGUGGUUUCAUCUCGGGAAGCUCGUCGGAGGUGGAUUUGGAGAGUGGGGAUUUGGAGGUGAAGGUGCAUUUGGGGAAGAUCGAAAGGGAUUGCAGAAUUUGUCACUUGGAACUGGAAAGCGGCGGCGGAAGAGAUCAUAAUGAUACUCCGAUUCUGCUUGGUUGUUGCUGUCGUGGUGAUUUGGGUACCGCUCACAAGCAUUGUGCUGAGACUUGGUUCAAAAUCAAAGGAAAUACAAUUUGUGAGAUAUGUGGAGCAACUGCACAAAAUGUUGCAAGUCAACAAAUAAAUGAACCGAGCAAUGCGGCUGCUGCUGCUGCUGCUGCAGUAGCAUCCUCAGCUAUGACAGCACCCCUAACUCUCGUCGAGACUCGAACGAUCUUUCAUGGUCGACGCAUUAUGAACUUCCUGCUUGCUUGCAUGCUCCUUGCAUUUGCAAUGUCCUGGCUUUUUCACUUCAAGUUAAUGUCAUAGGCUUAGGAAGAUCGCCAGUAGAAGAAAACUGGGGGAAUUCCAAGUUCUGUAGGCCUUUGUACAUAUAAUUACACUUUGUUUAGUUAAUUUUGAUGAGGUUGGUUUCAUUAGAGGCA